AUGGCGGCGCCGGAGCCGGCUGGCGGCCUCCCGGGCGGCAGCCGAGAUGGGUCGGCGGUAGAGGCGGCAGGGCAUCCCGGCCCCAGCGGCGGGGGCACCGGCGCCGCGGCGGAGAGGGGGCUUGCGAGGAAACCCGCGGCGGCCGGGCCCAGCGCCGUCCCCGGCGGCUGGCAGAAGGUGACCAGGCGGAGGCAGUCGGGCAGGACGGCAGGGAGGAUCGACGUGCACUUUGUCAGUCCUGAAGGAAAUAAGAUAAGAUCAAAACGUGCACUUGUGGAGUAUUUUCAGAAAACUGGGGAGACGACGCUAAAAGCAGAAGAUUUUGAUUUUACAGCUCCUUAUCAGAGGAGUACCCGUUCGAGGGUGAAAAGAUACAGCACAAAAGCUGCGAGAACUGUUUCAGAGAACGAGGAUUGUCACAGUCAAGAGCAAGGCCUCAGUAUACAAAACGGUGAAGAGGAUAGAAUUCGAAAUGUUCAGACUGGAAACGAACACCUGGAAGACAUUACACCCACUCGUGAAAGCAAAGAUUUGAUCAUGAAAGGCAUAAACCCAGAGGACUGUUUGAAAAACAAAAAGAAGGGGGCAGGUCAAAAAAGCACUCAGAAUAAGAAAACUGGAAAGAGCUCAGAAAAGAGGAAUCAAGAUGAUACCCCAAACAAAAGACAGAGAAGAGUACGUAACAAACAGGAAACUGAGUGCGUUCAAAACAAGAAAUUCUGUAGAAAGAUAGAUGCAUGUGUCGCUGAUAGUCAGGGCGUGGAUGAUCAGAAUGCAGACCCUAUGGACGCAGGAAAAACACGGUUAAGAAUUUCCACGUCACGGUCAGACACACAGCUAAGGUCAGUGACAACUCGCUCACAAAGGCAGUUGGAGAGCCUAGCAGAGGAGGAACGUGUGGAGACAGGUUCUAAUGACGCAUCUUCUGCAAAAUCUGAGGAGAAAACCAAUGUAUUGAAAAUAGGGAAAGAGACACAUCGAGGGAAUUUGGGUAACCAGGAUUUUAAAUCUGAAGCAGAUGCUAACGUCUUGCAGCCGUGUGACAAGAAAAACUUCACAGCAGUUAAAAUGCUGCCAGAAGAGUCUAUCCCACGAACACAAGUGAUUAGGAGGAAAACGAGCCCAUAUUUUUCAAGUAAAUACAGUAAAGAAGCUCCCAGCCCACCUAGAAGGAAGGCCUUCAGAAAAUGGACUCCUCCACGUUCUCCUUUUAAUUUGGUCCAAGAAACACUUUUCCAUGAUCCUUGGAAACUUCUGAUUGCAACCAUAUUUCUCAAUAAAACUUCAGGUAAAAUGGCAAUUCCUGUGCUCUGGGAGUUCCUUAAGAAGUAUCCUUCUCCUGAAAUAACCAGGACUGCAGACUGGAAAGAAAUGUCAGAGCUGCUCAGACCUCUCGGCCUCUACGAACUCAGAGCGAAAACUAUCAUCAAGUUCUCAGAUGAGUACCUGAGCAAGCAGUGGAAGUACCCCAUUGAGCUGCACGGGAUCGGGAAGUACGGGAACGACUCCUAUAGAAUCUUCUGUGUCAACGAAUGGAAGGAGGUACAGCCGCAGGACCACAAGUUGAACGUGUACCACACGUGGCUCUGGGAGAACCGGGAGAGACUGAGCAUAGACUGAGAAAGGCCGUGAGCGCACCUCGCCGCUCUCCGACUCGCUCUCCGUGCCGCGGGCGUCCUUGCAGUGCUGCUCCGAUCAUCGGGUUCUUAAUCUACGUCCGUGUGUGGCCUACCCGGCGCAGGUCACCGCGCAAUGAAACGUGUGAAAUCUCCGUAUUUUUUAAUAAACGUGUCCCGGUUUC